AUGAUUCUGACUGUGGUUGAUUUAGGUAUCGCUGAAGAAAACACUUUCUCUCUUGCGGGAAAAGCCCACAAGUUUGACUCCGAGUCGGACAUCGAGCCUAUUUUGGCUCAGCUUAAGGAAGCUAAGAAUGUGAAAAAGAUUGACUUUUCAGGAAACACUAUUGGUAUUGAAGCAUCCAAGAGUUUGAGCGAAGCCAUUUUGGUUCAUAAGGAUACCAUUGUAGAAGUCAACUUCUCUGACUUAUACACAGGUAGAUUGAAUACUGAGAUUCCUCAAUCUUUGGGAUACUUAUUGCCUAGUUUGUUGAAGUUACCAAACUUGACCUACAUCAACUUGAGUGACAAUGCCUUUGGAUUACAGACAAUUGACCCCAUAGAAGACUACUUGGCCAAGGCAGUUUCUAUCGAGCAUUUGAUCUUGUCCAACAACGGUAUGGGGCCAUUUGCUGGAGCUAGAAUCGGUGGAUCUUUGUUCAAGUUAGCCAGAGCCAAGAAGGCAGCUGGCAAGCCAUCGUUGAAGACGUUUGUUUGUGGUAGAAACAGAUUAGAAAACGGCUCCAUCAACUAUUUGGCUGUUGGCUUGAGAAACCAUGCUGAUUUGAAAAUUGUUAGUUUGUACCAAAACGGCAUUAGACCCGCUGGUAUUUCUAAGUUGGUGGAAAAGUCUUUAGCAUUGAUCAAGAAUUUGGAAGUUGUUGAUUUGGAAGACAACACCAUUACUCCUACAGGUGCAGCCAAGAUUGCCGAGUCACUUGCAAACUGGGAAAACUUAGUAGAGUUGAAUCUUAACGAUUCCUUGUUGAAGAACGAAGGUUUCACCAAGAUUGCUGAAGCAUUCAAGACCGGAGCUUCCAAGAAAGACUUGACUUUCUUGAAGUUGGUUUACAAUGAAUUGAAAGCUGAUUCGUUGAAGGCGUUGGUUGAUAUUGUAGACAAGAAAUUGCCCAACUUGAAGAAGUUAGAGUUGAAUGGUAACAUCUUCGACGAAGAAGACGAAUUUGUUGUCAAGAUAAACGAUAUCUUUGAAGACAGAGGAUUUGGUGAGUUGGACGAAUUGGACGAGCUUGAAGAAUUGGACAGCGAUGAAGAAGACGAAGAAGAAGAUGAAGAUGAAGAAGAAGACACCUUAGAAGAAGACUUAGAUUUGGAAGAGUUAGAAAAGGACUUGGCCGGUUUGGAGAUCGAAGACACUGAUGUUUCGGUUGACAAGCUUGCUGAAGAAUUGGCAGGAGCUCACCUCAAAUAGAUAUAUAGAGUAAUAAUGAAUUAAGACUG